AACCUUAGUAAAAUAUGUUAAACUAAUAAAUUACAUUUUGUUGCCUCCUCCCAAAUUUAUCACGUUAUUCAGCUCCUCCACAAAUAUACAUACCAUAAAUAUGCAGUAAUUAGACUAGGAAUUAAUUUAUUUUUUAAUCAAGAAGAACACACCCAUCGAUAAACACCCAUGCAACCCUGGUUGCGGAGGCGGCGUUUUCGCUGUGUCCAAACAAAGCAGGCAGAAGAAUUAUCACCGCACACGGCAAUAAAAGAGGAAUAGGCAGAGAUAUCCAGUCCUCCAGAUCACAACCACAGUUUCCAGUCCCGAGUAGCACAUCUAGGAUCAGCAGGAAGAGCAGCAGGAGCAGCAGCAGCGGUAGCGGCAGCGGCAAAAGCAAUGAAAAUCACAGUGACCACCAGCGAUGACAAGGUUUUCUGCCUGGACGUGGCCCAGGAUCUAGAGCUGGAGAACCUCAAGGCGCUGUGUGCCAUGGAGAUCGGUGCGGAGGUCUCCCAAAUAGUAGUGCUCUUUAACGGACGUGAGCUGACCAACAGCAAGCAUUCGCUGCAGCAGUGCGGAGUUGGCGAUGGCGACUUCAUCAUGCUGGAGCGACGCAGGAGUGUGAAUCGGCCAGGUAACACAACCAAUCCACCAAUGGAUUGGACUGGCCUGGACUUUAGUAACAUCGCCGUGCCGGGCACAAGUACCGGCGGCAGUCCGCCCACCAGGAGAAGUACCCAGCAGGGAACGCAGCAGCCGCAACAGCAGUUCAACAAUCCCACAGACAUCCCAUUGACCGACGAGUUUAAUGUCAACUUUGAUGACGAUCCGGCAACGGUGCGACAGAUGUUUCUAUCUAGUCCCGAAACGCUGUCGUUGCUGCGACAGUAUAAUCCUCGGUUAGCGGAGGCUAUCGAUUCCGGUGAUCAAGAGACCUUUGCCCGUCUGCUUCGUGAGCAUAUAACAGAGCGAAAGCGAAAGAACGAGCAACGAAUGCGUAUGCUAAACGCCGAUCCCUUUGACGAGGAGGCUCAGCGUCUGAUUGCCGAGGAGAUCAAGCAGAAGAACAUUCAGGAUAACAUGGCGGCUGCCAUUGAGUAUAAUCCAGAAAUCUUUGGAACGGUCACUAUGCUCUACAUCAACUGCAAAGUGAAUGGCAUACCGGUGAAGGCCUUUGUGGACUCGGGCGCCCAGACGACAAUCAUGAGCAAGGACUGCGCCGAGCGCUGCCACGUUAAUCGGUUAGUUGACACGCGCUGGAACGGCGUGGCCAAGGGCGUCGGCACACAGCCCAUUCUGGGCAGGAUUCACAUGGUGCAGCUGCAGAUUGAGAACGAUCACCUUACGUCCAGCUUUACGGUGUUGGGCCAUCAGCCCAUGGACAUGCUGCUGGGUCUGGACAUGCUGAAGCGACAUCAGUGCCUCAUCGACUUGCAGCGGAAUCUGUUGAUUAUCGGGACCACCGGUACGACAACACCGUUCCUGCCGGAAAGCGAGCUACCAGUCGGUGCCCGGCUCACAGGUAACUCGGACGAUUCAUUUGAGCAGCAGGCCAUUGCCGAUGCCAUUGAGCAGAGUAAGCGAGAGGGCGGGGGCGGCGGAAGUGGCAGUGGCAGCAGUACGAGCGGUAGCGGAUCGAAUACCAUUCAGCCGCUGGACCGAUUCACCGAACAGGAUGUCACUGAUCUCAUGGCCCUGGGCUAUCCGCGGAGCGAUGUGCUCACCGUGCUGCGCAUGUGCGGCGGCAACAAGCAGGCGGCCAGUUCCGUGCUGCUCAACCGGAAUGCAGCCGCCUCGGGCGGUGGUCUCAGCUGAACGCGGCUCGAUGCUCAGCCUCAGCCCCCACCUCAAGAAGCCCCACUACCCACAGUCAGAAACUGGAUUGCUUUAUGGAUUACUCCGAGCAAUACCAAAACAAAAAGAAAUAAUAAUAAACAACAAAAAUCAGAAAAGAGAAAGAAACAACUGGAACACACACACACAACAUCAACAACAACAACAAACAAGCAAUGAAAACGGAAAACGAUAACGAAAAACCUUUCUUAUUUAGUGAAAUUUUUGUAAACUAAAGCCACUUUUUUAUAUAUACAGAUGCUCGUUAUUACGAUGUACAAUAGCUAAUAAUUAGGAAGCAUUUCCAUCAGCGGAUCAUUUUGAAAGGAAAGAUUAUAUCUAAAGAAUAUUGAUGAUAGAGAAAAAAGUUUAAAAUAGGCGAUUAAUUUAUCAAAAUCA